UAUAUCAACCCGAUCCCCUCAACUUCGAAUUCUUAAGCAGACAGCCGUAUCCCCUACGACAAUAGAAGAUGUUUUACGAACCAGGGAAGACCAGCCAUGGGCUGAAGCGCGAUCCAUUCAAGGCAUGCGUUGUCCCUCGCCCGAUCGGAUGGAUAUCCACGAUAAACAACGCCGGACAAGCCAACCUGGCGCCGUACAGCCAGUUCAACAACCUGACCUUCGACCCUCCAUAUGUCAUGUUCUCCGCCAACCAGAACCCCGACGGGGUACGCAAGGACUCCGUCGUGAACGUCGAGCAGUCGGGGAGGUUUUGCUGGAACCUGGCGACCUGGGAUCUGCGAGAGCAAGUCAACAUCACCGCGGAGCAAGUCCCCUAUGGCGUCGACGAGUUCGAGCGCGCGAACCUGACGAAAGAGUGGAGUCGGGUGAUCGAGAAGGUGCCAAUGGUCAAAGAAAGCCCGGUCCGGUUCGAAUGCACGUAUUAUUCGACGUUGAAGCUUCCGGGGAACGCGCCGGUGGGGUCGGUGGACGUGGUCAUUGGCAAGGUUGUCGCCAUUCAUAUUGACGAUAGCGUGCUCACGGAUGGGAUUUUGGACAUUCGGAAAACGCAGCCGAUCGCUCGAUGUGGUAAGUGGAGUGGAUCGUUCGGCUUCAAAUGUCCAUGCUCACUAUCGAAGGGUAUUAUCAAUACGCCGUGAUCCGGGAGACGUUCGACAUGAUUAUCCCGGGAGACAAUUCUCAACUCCUUAACGGGUUGGAAGGAAAGUCGUCAAACCAGACUUAGGUUCGAUGAUCUGCGUCGAAGUGUAUGGAGUGUGGAUUGUUUGCCGUCACUCGAGCUUGCCAGCGUGCGAGCAAUAGCAAUCGAAUUUCGUGCUGCGUAUGCUUGAC